CCAAUAGGAGAGCUCCCCGUUUUAAUGGUCCUCUAGCCCUGUGUGUGUGCCCACGUCAGCUUUAAUGCUGGCACCGGUGUCACGUGUCAUUGAGUUGUGUGUGUAACACGUGUCUGUCUCUGCUCACUCCUGGGGCUGCAGCUCAUUUACUCACAACUCCCGGAUAGAGACAUGUCUGUGCCGGGCUGGGAGAGGCCAGUGAGGCUGUUGCUGUGCUCUGUGGGUAUUGCCCUGUCACUAUAUGCCUUCCAUGUAGAGACCUCCCGGGAAAGAGACCCCGACUAUACCGCUCUGUGUGACAUCAACCCCUCCAUCAGCUGCUCCAAGGUCUUCACUUCCAGAUGGGGGCGAGGAUUUGGGCUCGUGGAGCAAUUCCUGGGGCAGCAGAGUUUGCUGAAUCAGCCCAACAGCGUGUUUGGAGUCCUGUUCUACGGCCUGCAGCUCCUGCUGGGUUUCAGCGGAUCCCUGGCUGCCGCCUCCACGCUACUGGGAACGUCUCUGAUGUCCAUCGGGGGCUCCAUGUACUUGGCCUAUAUCCUGGUCUAUGUACUGCGCGACUUCUGCGUUAUCUGCGUCUCCACCUACGUCCUGAACCUCCUCCUCCUCCUGCUCAACCUCAAGCGCCUGUCCUCCCUCCGAGCGCCCCCCAAAAAGCACAAGAACAAACGCAAGAAGAACUAAUCCAUGCGGCCAACCAACCAAUCACAGCGGGCCAAGCGGACAACCUUAUAUCACCAUCUCCUCCUUCCCUCCCACCCAACAGACAUCCCAUAAUAGACACUACAUGCACAGCAACCAAAGGGUUAAAGGGGUUGUUCACCUUUACAUGAACUCCUAGUAUGAUGUAGAGAGAGAUAUUCCGAGACUAUGUGCAAUUGGUUUUCAUUUUUUACUAUUUGUGGUUUUUGAGUUAUUUAGCUUUUUAUUCAGCGGAUCUCCAGUUUUCAAUUUUAGCCAUCUGGUUGCUAGUGGCUAAAAUACCCUAGCAACCAUGCAUUGAUUUGAAUAAGAGACUGGGAUAUAAGGACCUGAAUAGAAAGAGAAGUAGUAGAAAGAAGCAAUGCGGCCUUACAGAGCAUUUGUUUUUUUUUUAGAUGGGGUCGGUGACCCCCAUUUGAAAGCUGGAAAGAGUCAGAAGAAGAAAAAGAAAACAAAUAAUUAAAAAACUAUACCAAAAAAAAAAAAACCCCAAGGCCAAUUGAAAAGUUGCUUAAUAGCACCAUUCUAUAAUAUACUGAAAAGGUGAACCAUCCCGUUAAAGGACAAGUAAAGUUAAAAAAAAACAGUGUGUGGGGGAGGGGUUGCCUAAAAACUGACAUCUACUACCUUGUUUUACUUGUUUGGGGUAUUUGUCGAUAGCAGGGGUCCCCAGCCUUUUCUUACCCACCCAGGAGCCACAUUCAGAGUUGGGGAGCCACGUGAACAUUAAUCACGAAAAAAACAACAAAAAACAAAUAAUGAAGACCAAUUGAAAAGUUGCUUAGAAUUAACCGUUCUAUAAAAUACUAAGGGUAUUAAAGGUGAACCACCCCUUUAAAGGGAAAGUUUGCCUUCCAUGUAGAAGGGUACUUACCCAUGCACGGCCACAUUUAUCUGCCUUCAGUGUUUAAAGGAGAAGUUCACCUUGACAUUAACUUUUACUGUUCCAGAAAGGCUUAAUUCUUAGCUGCCCGUCUCAUCAAACCACUGCCUGGUUGCUUGGCUAAAUCGAUCCCUAGCAACCAGAUAGCUGCUGAACUCUAAAUCAUUCAGAUGAAGACCAGUAGAAUAAUUACUACUAAAAAAAGUGUAUUUGUAGGUGAACUUCCCCUUGAGUUUUGCACUAAAUCCUUACUGUUCCCAUAGUUCUUCCGUUAUUUCCCAACAUGCAGUGUCAUGUUAUUUAAUGAGUGCUGCUCGCUGGCAUUCUAUAUUGUAGGUGCUGGCCCAUUGUUAUUCGGUUCCCUGUUUACCCAUGAUGCAAUGAGGAAGUUUAUCAUCACCCCGAGGAAUAGGGAGGAGGAGCCAGCUGCUACCUUGUGCUGCCCCAGUGCAAAUUCUGAGCCUAUAUUAUGCUGCCAAUGUGAAGAGAACCAAUCACAAGCCUUCCCAUAGGUCACAUGAGGACUUGAGUGCCUUAUACGUUACUACCCGCUGUUACUGUACCAUUCCCUUUUCUAUGGCAUUUUAUAAUAAAGUCCGUAUGUUUUA